AUGGAUGGCCCUGUCUUAGAAUACAGGAUUCAACAGGAACUGGUGGUCGUACUGGUGCAUGGAGAGUUGCGAAUACAGACAAAAGGAGAAUUUGGAGAAGAUGAGACAGCAGUACAACAAGUCAAAAGAAGAUAUAAACGUGAAUGGGUGAAAUUUGCAAAACCCUGCAGAGAAAGAGAAGACAACUCAAAAAGAAACCCAAUUGCCGAAAUUACUUCAGAUUUCCAGAAAACCCAGAAAAUUACCUACCACAUUUCUGGGGUAGGAAUUGACCAGCCCCCACUGGGAAUCUUUGUUGUUGACAAACACACUGGAAAAAUUAACAUAACAGCCAUAGUUGAUCGUGAGGAAACCCCAAGCUUCCUGAUCACAUGUCGAGCUCUAAAUUCCUUCGGUCAAGAUGUAGAGAAACCACUUAUCUUAACAGUAAAAAUUUUAGAUGUCAAUGAUAAUCCUCCAGUAUUUGCCCAAAGCAUUUUCAUGGGUGAAAUUGAAGAAAAUAGUGCUUCAAACUCACUGGUGAUGAUAUUAAAUGCCACAGAUGCAGAUGAACCAAAUCAUAUGAACUCUAAAAUUGCCUUCAAAAUCGUCUCUCAGGAACCGGCAAGCCAACCCAUGUUCCUCCUAAGCAGAAACACUGGGGAAGUCCGUACCUUGACCAAUUCUCUUGAUCGAGAGCAAGUUAGUAGUUAUCAUCUGGUUGUGAGUGGUGCGGACCAAGAUGGAGAAGGACUCUCAACUCAAUGUGAAUGUAGUAUUAAAGUGAAAGAUGUCAAUGAUAAUUUCCCAGUGCUUAAAGAAUCUCAGUAUACAGCACGUAUUGAAGAAAAUACAUUAAGUUCUGAAUUACUUCGAUUUCAAGUAACAGAUUGGGAUGAAGAGUUCACAGAUAAUUGGUUUGCAGUAUAUUCCUUUGUCUCUGGAAAUGAAGGGAAUUGGUUUGAAAUACACACUGAUCCUAGAACUAAUGAAGGCAUCCUGAAAGUGGUUAAGGCUCUAGAUUAUGAACAACUGCAAAAUGUGCAAUUGAGUAUUGCUGUCAAAAACAAAGCUGAAUUUCACCAAUCAAUAAUUUCUCAAUAUCGAGUCCAGGCAACCCCAGUAACAAUUCAGGUAGUAAAUGUGAGAGAAGGACUCAUAUUCCGUCCUGCUUCCAAACCAUUCACUGUGCAGAAAGGCAUAAGUAGUAAAAAGUUAGUUAAUUACAUCGUGGGAACAUAUCAAGCCAUCGAUGAAGACACUGGGAAGGCUGCCUCAUUUGUCAAAUAUGUCAUGGGACGUAAUGAUGGUGGUUUGCUAACUAUUGAUUCAAAAACUGCUGAAAUCAAAUUUAUCAAAAACCUAGAUCCGGACUCUACUUUCGUAGUUAACAAGACAAUCACAGCUGAGAUUCUGGCCAUAGAUGAAAACACGGGUAAGACUGCUACAGGCACCGUAUAUGUUGAAGUACCUGAUUUUAAUGAAAAUUGUCCAAUGAUUGUCCUCGAAAAGGAAGUAAUUUGUAGUUCAUUACCCUCAGUUACUGUGUCAGCUAGAGCACUGAACAAGGAUAAAUACACUGGUCCCUACACUUUUUCACUAGAGGAGCAACCUUUAAAAUUGCCAGUCAUGUGGAGUAUCACGACACUGAAUGCUACUUCAGCACUGCUAAGAGCCCAGCAAGAAGUAUCUCCCGGAGUGUACAGAAUCGCCCUCACUGUUACGGACAGACAGAACAUGCAGUGUGACACACCAGAGAGCCUGACCCUGGAAGUCUGUCAGUGUGAUGACAGGAACAUCUGUGGAACUUAUGACCCAAGCAAAAAUCCUGGGCCCACGUACAGAACGCAGCCAUCUGUGGAGCUGGGGCCUGCUGCCAUUGGCCUGAUAUUUCUUGGUCUUCUGCUGUUGCUAUUGGUUCCCCUUCUGCUGCUGGCCUGUGACUGUGGGAUGGGUCCCAUAGGGGGAGUGACAGGUGGAUUUAUCCCAGUUCCUGAUGGUUCAGAAGGAACUAUUCAUCAGUGGAAAAUUGAAGGAGCCCAACCUGAAGACAAAGAAAUCACAAAUAUUUGUGUGCCUCCGAUAAUAGCCAAUGGAACUGAAUUCAUGGAAAACUCUGAAGUUUGUACAAACACAUAUGCAGCAGGGACAGUGGGAGAAGGAGCUUCAGGAAUAGAACUGACCACAAAGCUUGGAGCAGCCACGGGAUCUGGAGUUGCAGGGGGCUUUACAACAGGAACCAUCUGUGGAGGUGCUGCGGGUCUUGGCCCCUGCUCUGCAGGACUUUCUGGAACACUGAGAACGAGGCAUUCCACAGGAGGAACCAAUAGGGACCAUGCAGAAGGAGCAGUGAACAUGAAUUUCUUGGACUCCUACUUUUCUCAGAAAGCAUUUGCCUGUGCAGAGGUGGAUGACGGCCAAGAAGGAAAUGACUGCUUGUUGAUCUACGAUAAUGAAGGAAUGGAAGAACCAGGUUCUCCUGUGGGCUCCCUGGGUUGUUGCAGUUUCAUUGCCGAAGAUAUGGAUGACAGCUUCUUGGACUCAUUAGGCCCUAAAUUUAAAAAGCUUGCAGAGAUAAGCCUAGGUGUUGAUGAUGAAACCAAACAAUCUCAGCUACUCACCAAAGAAAGUGGUUUUGAGAUUGCCUCUUGUGGCCAACUCAUAGAAAGCCAGCAGUCAGGAUGUGUCAGGGGCCAGACUUUGCAAGGCAGUCAAGAAGUUUCUGCUUUGUCUUCUUCUGGGUCUGGCCUCCAACCAGCCAUUCCUAUCCCUGACCCUGUGCAGCGCGGUAACUAUAUGGUAACCGAGACUUACUCAGCAUCAACUUCUGGUUCCUUCGUGCAACCUUCCACUGCAGUCUUUGAUCCAGUUCUCACACAAAAUGUAAUAGUGACAGAAAGAGUAAUCUGUCCCGUUGCUAGUGUUUCUAGCAAUCUACAGGGUCCGACGGAGUUACGAGGGUCUUGUAAAAUGAUCUGUACAGAAGACCCUUGUUCUCGUUUGAUAUGCCCAGAAUGA